ACUCAGCUCCGACACUAGCCGAGAAAACCGCCCUUUUCUCCUCCAGCUUCCCAAAGGUGGCAGGUGGCGAUCUGCAAAAGCAUUGUCUGGCCCUCAGGGCUUGACAGUUAAUGAUUUGUCGCACGAGCGGGGCGGAGGAGUGCUGGGACGCCGGCGAGCGUACUAGCGAGCGCAGCAGGAGAGCGAGGCAGGGCGCGAGCCGAGUCCGCGCAGUCCUCACAGGCGCCGCCUCCUGUCUUCCGGGCCCGAGCACUUCUCGGGGUUCCGGGCACGCGAGGCUCGUAGGGACCCCAUGGAGGCUGAGUCUCCGGCGAGCGCGGGGGCCAGCGAGCCCCAGGCGCUGGGGACGGUGGGCAGUAUCCGCAGCCAACUGAGCAGGAUCCGAGGCAAACUCUUCACCUGGGAUAUUUUGAAGACCAUAGCUCUGGGCCAGAUGUUGUCCUUGUGUAUUUGUGGCACGGCCAUCACCAGCCAGUAUCUGGCAGAAAAGUACAGAGUGAACACGCCCAUGCUUCAAAGUUUCAUCAACUACUGCUUGCUGUUCCUAGUUUACACAGUGAUGCUGGCGUUUCAAUCUGGCAGUGAUAACCUUCUAGAGAUUUUGAGAAGAAAAUGGUGGAAGUACACUCUCUUGGGACUUGCCGAUGUGGAAGCCAAUUAUCUGAUUGUCAGAGCGUACCAGUACACAACUCUGACCAGUGUCCAGCUCUUGGAUUGCUUUGGGAUUCCUGUGUUGAUGGCUCUCUCCUGGUUUAUUCUCCGGGCAAGAUACAAAGUGAUCCACUUCAUUGCUGUGUUUGUCUGUCUGCUGGGUGUAGGGACCAUGGUUGGUGCAGACAUCUUAGCCGGGCGAGAGGAUAAUUCAGGGAGUGAUGUUCUUAUCGGUGACAUCUUGGUCCUGCUUGGAGCUUCCUUGUAUUCUGUGUCUAAUGUAUGUGAAGAAUACAUCGUGAAGAAGCUGAGCAGACAGGAAUUUUUAGGAAUGGUGGGACUAUUUGGAACAAUCAUCAGUGGCAUACAACUGUUGAUUGUGGAAUAUAAAGACAUUGCCCAGAUUCAAUGGGACUGGAAAAUUGGCCUGUUAUUUGUGGCAUUUGCCCUCUGUAUGUUUUGCCUGUACAGCUUCAUGCCAUUGGUGAUUAAAGUCACCAGUGCCACUUCAGUCAACCUGGGCAUCUUGACAGCUGACCUCUACAGCCUUUUCUUUGGACUUUUUCUAUUCGAGUAUAAGUUUUCAGGACUCUACAUCCUGUCGUUCACAGUCAUCAUGGUAGGCUUCAUCUUGUACUGCUCCACCCCAACACGCACCGCAGAGCCAGCCGAAAGCAGUGUGCCCCCCGUGACCAGCAUUGGGAUCGACAAUCUGGGACUGAAGCUGGAGGAGGGUGGUCUCCCGGAGACCCACUCUGCAGUCCUGUAGCUGGACAAGCCACAGACUCCAGUGUGUCACCAGGAGAGAGCAGAGCCUGCCACUGCCAAGGGCACAUCUGAGAAGACGCCAGCCUCAGAGGGGAACCCCACUGCAUUGGAUUACAUCCGUGGUUAGAUUGUAGAAAGGAACACUGACCAGUGGUUCCAAACUAGGAAUACUAAAAUAGAGCAGAGAGCCUAAGGCAGUGUUUCUGUGUGUUGAGUACCAGUAACUGUCAGCAUCAGAGAGACGUGGGCAAGGCCCCUUGCUGGGAUUUCAGAGACACCUGUAAGAAGAGAUGGAGGAUAGGGGACCUGCUUCAGGGCUGUUUAGGUAGUUAGGAGUUGGGACAGUCUGGGAUGGCUGUGCAAUAAGAUUCCUCUGUUGGAAGCUUCCUGUUUUUGUUCUGCUGGAGCAGUCACUAUCCAUGGUCCUUAUGGAAUUUAGACACCUGUGACCGUUGGUCCCUCGUGGCAGGUGUUGAAGAAAAUGGGUGGGGCAGCACUCGAGAACUCCCAAGAUAAACUGUGACUUCUUUGAAAGCAGCUAAUGAGUACAGGAAUCCAGGAACCCUCACCCAGUCGUGUUCUUUGAUGUUUUAUAACCAGUUCCUCCCCUCUGUUCUCUUGCUCAUCCCUAGCCACAUUUGCUCCUGUGUUCUGAGUUCCAGAGCAAACCUCUCUCAAAUCCUGUUACAUUGGUCAUCCCUACCUUCAGCCCCACAUUAUAACCUGAGAGUUUUCCAAGCAAAUAUGCUCAUGUUAUUCUUUUUAAAAUGUCCCCAGUGACCAGGAAGAGUCACCCCCAUUGUCCUCACCCCACGAAGCCAUGGUUUAGAAAAUUAACCUGCUGCAACUUCUCAUAGCAAGACAAGAGAUUGAGAACUUGGUCGCUGUCUUAGGUUGGAGAAAUGCAUUACCAUUAAAAUAAAAACAGUGCUAAUCAUUUCCCAUUGAAGAAAGGAACCAAUGGUUCCACACUAGAAAUCCUAAAGUAGGUUGGUGCUGGGUUCUGGAGUCCUGACUAUAAGAGGAGAAUAUCUCCCUUCUUCCCACAGGUUUACAGUGCCCGUAGGUUUCUGACAAUUCCUCAACACGGUGUCAACAUGUAGCCUUAGCAUAAUGUCAGCCACUAGAGUACCGCCUUCAGAAAACUCUAUGUAAAUUGUUUUUGUAUAAGUAUAGUAAAGAAAUUUGGGGUAAGUGUUCAUAUUAUUAAAAGACUUAAAACUCAUGGAAAUAGAA